AUGCGCAGUCAGCCGGAUAACGCUGCAUGGGUGCGAUGGAUGAAAUCUGCACUCAUUCUUUUUCAACUUGCAUUGAGCAGUCAAUUGUCACAGCAAACAGAAACCAAUGCUUCAGGGACCAGUACAAAGAUACAAGAGCCGACAGAACAGACGGAGUAUUCUUCUCUACCCACCACCUGGUUUGCUGUUGGAUGUCCUCUGUCAGGUCAAGGGAUCGAAGUGACUCAGACAACGGAUGCUCUGGUUAACUUGCUGGAUGAAUCAACAGAGCGGAUGCUGAAAGAAGCUGCGAAAUAUUGGUGCGGUGUGCAGUGCUCGUCGUUUGAUAUAUCCAAUGCCGGUAUAGAUGAAUCGGUAAAAGGCGGCGUAGAAGCAAUGAGUUUUCAGCGACCACUGGCGGAGUAUGAGGGUUUAACAGAAGGAAUGGAAAACCUCGAAAAAUAUCCACCUGCGGCUCGAUUUACUCAUACCGUUAAACCUCCCGCGACAGAAAUUGCGAAAUUUCCGGAUGCGACUUCGGAACAACCAAAUGCGCGACUUCCGCAAAAUGGACAGUCUCCUUCGGAAACAGAAAUAUCAAAUGAACGUGAGCAACCGCGUCUUGGCUACCUCGGGCUCUCCAGUCCCGGUGCAUUCCGCGUGGCCUGGUCUGAGAUGCCAGAGGUUUUGAAUAGCGAUGCUUUGAAGCUGUUAACAAAGCACGAAAUUCAAUUACAAGAAGUGAGUUCGAAGGUGUAG